AUGCUGAUUGAUUGGCAGCAGAAAUUCCCCCGAGCCGUGCGUGGCGGACGGGUGACUCGUCCUCAUACAACUAGUGAACACACUCUUUGCAAGAGGGCACCAGACGACGAGGAAGCCGUCCGCUACAGUAAGAAGGACAAUGGAUACCAUCGUGAUUCAACAUUGCAAAUGCUUGUCUACAAGUUCAUGCCUCGAAUAUUUUUUGAAAACGCUGAAAAGGACAAAGGAAUCGUAGAUACAAAUGAUAAAAAGGUGCAGAGGGAAUUAGCACAAGCAAGCGCCGAGAUAUGUGAUCCGGAAGAACUUCUUUCUAUUUGUUUGGAGUUUAUACCGGCACCUCCUAUCGAAAAAACGGAAGAGGAUACGGUUUUGCUUCAUCCUUCUACCUCAACAUCCACUCAGAAUGAACCUCCUAUCAAGAAGACUAAGAAGUGCCGUGAGCAACGCCAGGUGCAGCAGUCAUUUCGUCGAUUUUUUCGUUGCGUUGCAAAAGUUCCAAUUCGUACACUACGUCGCUUACUUGAAACGAAGCUAUUUCUAACUGAUCAGUUUAGCGUCCAUUUCUUAUCAGACAGAGAUUUCCAGGAUAUUCCUGACGAUGUAACCCUUCGAACACUGGUACUAGAUGGAGGUUUCGAUCGCUCACGGCCAUUUCGUCUCUUCUUUACACUCGUCCCAACUAUCAGCGACGAUGCUCCACCAGUUUUGGAUGCUGAAACGAUGCCGUGUCUAAUGCCAGAGGCUCCAGUUCACCAAGAGACACUAUCCAGUGUUCAACCACCUGGUCAGCUACAACCAGUUCAAAUUGUUUCUCCAGUAGUUCCUGCGUUGACCGUCAGCCUCUCGACGGACAUCUAUGGUCAUUCAGCACCUAUUAUUACAACGCAGUGUGCUCCUCGUAAACGCAGAAAACUGAGCGACCCGAAAAAAAGCCCUACGGAGAAGUCACCACCCAACACUACUGGGCCACAUCCACCAUCAGUCACGCCGAAUAUGCUCGUUGGCCCGUUAAUACGACCGAUGUUCAUCACCCAACCACCAUUUAUGCAUCGUUCUCCUCCAAAUGCGAACGUCUCGCAUAUGUCUUUCGCUCAGUCAACAAAGGUGUCAGCUUCGAAUGGGAACUCACUACCGAAGAAAUCCGCGACUCCAAAUCAAGGUGACAACAUUGAUCAUCCUCCCCAACUUCAUCGUGAGGAUUCUGUGCCUUUAAACGUUCCUUCAUCGGUGACUGAGGUAUCGAAAUCACCCACUGCUUCAUCCGUUUGUGAAUCCCAGAGCGAUUCAACACCUUCAGUGCAACAUGCGAUGCCACCUUCAUUGGAAGUUGCCCAAAAAGACCAACCUCUGCCGGAAACUUUACAACCUUCUCCAUAUACGUGCAAAGUUGAGGAGUUGGAUGUCAACCGGCCCACAAAUAUUCAGAACGAUACGUCUUCGUCAAAGACACCAAAGGGUGUUGUGCCGAAAACCAUCAAGUCAAAGUCUCUGUCGAAUUCUGAAACUACACAAAAAUUGAAUACGAAAACCGUAGCUAAAGUGAUAAAUCAACAAAAUAAUUUAGAACGCAAGCCCUUAUCUCCUUACACAAGCAGUGUGCUGAAGAUACCAGAGUCACCCCCUCGUCUUGAGGCGAUGACUUCGCAAUCCAAAUCACAGCCAUCCAACAAACCGCCACGAGGGAAUUCACAGAUGCAAAACGGCAUCAGUAAUCAUGUAGUCUCCAAAAUAAAGCCGAUCAGUUCGUCUGCGCAGCCGUCACCGUCGGAACAUCUACGACCUGUUCAAACUGUGCUGCCGCAAAUGCCCAAUGGGGAUGCGAAUCAAAUGACGCCAGUCAUACCAAACACGCCAAAAACUCCUCCGCAGCACUCGAUAACUGUAGAAACAAAGCCAGAAGUGGUGACUACGGCGGCCAAUAAUUUAACCACGACAGAACGUGCCGCAUCGCCUGCGCCAGCAGCUCCAAUGGAUUUCCGGCGCAUGGCAACGCUAAACAAGCAGUCGCUCGGUCGCACUUUGCAGGCGGUGCUCACAAGCGGUCGAGCGGCAAACGCAGAUGCUUCCCGGAUCGUAGUGAACGGAAGCGGUACACCAGUAGAUGUUAAAUCCGUAACCCUCAAUGGUAAAAUCAACGAUAAAACAGCCGUCGACUUAAAUUAUUCCAAAUCGAAGUCAUUGUCAACCUGA